AUGGAUCCUUCUCUCGCAGCACUAAUGUCCGCUAACCUGAAGAAACAGGCCGAAAAAUCAUCCGCAACCGAAGUGGUUGUAGAGUCGAGUGGGGAUGUCAACGCUGGAGAAGCGCCAAAGAAGAAAUACAAGCCUCCUCCAGGUGCUCAGCAAUUGGGAAUGCAAGCCAUGUUGAUGCAAGAAGCUCUGGGGGGCAGUGUCAAACUGAAGAAGGUUGACAAGAAGUGA